AUGUCACAAGGAAUUACUCAGACGUUUGGGCUCGUAAGGACGGUGGCCUAUGCCGUUGCUACACUGUUUGCUCUGCUGGAGCUUGCUCUGGGUGCUGCAAUUAUAAAUUGGACGGAGACCAAGCUCGUUUUGGGCGGAUACUUCUCGUUCGCUGCUUUGGCGAUUGCAACAGGAAUUCUGACGUUCCUCACACUGCCUGUCAUGCUAUUCUUUUCUCGCACACGCAAAGGGGCCAUUGUAAACUUAGUUAUUAUUGAGGCAAUUUGGACUUUCGUUUUAUGGGUUCUGUGGGUAGCUGUCGGAGGUUCUGCUGCAGGCACAAAUUUCAUUGCAGCUUGCGACAAUAAUUUCGUUGUGGAUUUCUACGCCGACAUUGGUUUGAAGACCGUGUGUGGUGAGAUGAAGGCUCUCACCGCCUUUGGAUUUUUGACCUGGUUUAUUUUGCUCGCAUUCAACAUUUUCUUGUUCUUCCUUGUGAUCAGACAACAUAUGCGGGGAAAUUCCAACGUUUGGACUGGUUAUAUUGCAGAAACGGACUUUGACCAUGAGGGCGCUGGAGCUGGAAGCGGCGUAGUCGAACAAAAGAUUUCACCUACCUUCUCCCCUCAAUAUCCUCCCCAGAGUCCCCCAGCAGGUACCCCACAAACGCAAACGACAAGCCCAUACCCCCAGGUCUAA